CCAGCGCAGAGGAAGAAACCUUGACGCGGCACCAACUUCCCUUGUAGUCAAAGAUGGCGGUUUGCUGAGCACCCAUGGAAACACAUUUCAUGGAUGCAUAUCAUCUCGAUAGAAUUUUCCACCUUUGAUGAACAUUUUGGAGCUUUCUUGAAGUUCACCCAUCUACGAAACUAUACAUAAAAGACAGUACAGCAACUGCUACAAUGCAGAUCACGCUAAAAACCCUGCAGCAGCAGACCAUCCAAAUUGACAUAGACCCUGACCAGACGGUGAAAGCCUUGAAGGAAAAGAUCGAAACAGAGAGAGGGAAAGAUAACUUCCCUGUGUCUGGACAGAAGCUCAUCUACGCUGGCAAGAUCCUGCAGGAUGACAUGCCUAUCAAGGACUACAAAAUAGACGAGAAGAACUUUGUAGUUGUCAUGGUGUCCAAGGCCAAGUCCACCUCUGCGGCCUCAUCCCCCCCCUCCGAGACCCCCAAACCCCCGGUCCAGGACUCUGGGUCCUCGUCCUCCACGGCCCCGACCCCGACCCCCGCAGCCAUACCCAUCCCUCCAGAGGAGGCCAAAGAGGAGAGCUCCUCAGCGGGCACAGAGCCCCCGGCACCAGCCAGCUCGGACCCUGAAGCAGAAGGCCAGGGAGUGGAAGCCUCUUCUGCUCUGGUGACAGGGGCAGAGUAUGAGACCAUGCUGACUGAGAUCAUGUCCAUGGGCUACGAGAGGGAGAGGGUGGUGGCUGCACUCCGCGCCAGCUUCAACAACCCACACAGAGCUGUGGAGUAUCUGCUCACUGGUAUUCCCAGCAGUCCGAUCCAGGAGACGAAUCCCCCGGUCCUGUCUCCAGCCUCGGGGCGCACCUCCUCCGACACGCCUGCUCUCGCUGAGGGAGAGAACCCCCUCGAGUUCCUGCGUACUCAGCCCCAGUUCCACAACAUGAGGCAGGUGAUCCAGCAGAAUCCUUCCCUGCUGUCGGCUGUCCUACAACAGCUGGGCCGGGAGAACCCUCCUCUUCUACAGCAAAUCAGCCAGUACCAGGAGCGCUUCAUCCAGAUGCUGAACGAGCCGGAGGGGCCCGAGGUGGCGGGGGAGCUGGGGGCCGCCGGGGAGGAAGGGGCCCCCGUCAACUACAUCCAGGUCACGCCACAGGAGAAGGAGGCCAUCGAGAGGUUAAAAGCGAUGGGGUUCCCCGAGGCGCUGGUGAUCCAGGCCUACUUCGCCUGCGAGAAGAACGAGAACCUGGCGGCCAACUUCCUCCUCAACCAGGGCUUCGAAGACGAAUGAGACGCCUCCCCCGCUCUCCCUCCCUCCCCCUCCUCCCCUGUCCUCCCCUCCCCCCUGCCACCCUCCCCCAGCACAAGGACUGCACCCCCAGUGUACAGCAUACUAGCCUGGGGCCCAGCACUGUACAGCCACUACGAGGGAGGCAGAGGGCCUAGCAGAGGGAAGGGUAGUAGGAGAGGGAGGGAUAUUGGUGUGGAUGACGGCUAUAUGGGGGGGGGGGGCGUUAAUGCUAUACAAACCUUAAGUUGUGUAGUAGAGGUCCAUUUAGGGUUGCAUGGUGGGGUCAAAGGGUGACGGGGGGGGGGGGGAGGAAGGGGUGGCGGCUGGCGGCUAUGACAAAAUCCACUAGAAUUCCAAUGGAAUGUGAGUGAGACUUGUUUAAAGGGGGAGAGAGGUCUAUGAGGAUUUUAAAGGAGCUUUUGGGAACAUGGGAGGUGGGGCGGGGGGGUUGAUGUGCUAAGGAUUUACCGAAGGUGCGCCUGUUUCGGCCUGCCAGUGUAGGUGGAUGCGAAUCAGUUAAGGAAAGUUCAAAAAACGAAGAAGGAAAAAAAAACAAGAAGAAGAAACAAAAGAAUUGAUAUGCAUAUCUAAGCUUGUAACACUGUUUACUGGAUGUUGAUGGAAGCACAUUCUCCUCGAUGCACUUCUACGAUGUUAUCAGUGAGUAUGUGCGUGUUUGUCCGCAUGUGUGAGAGAGAAACUGAGUGUACGUGAGUGGUGAGUCGAGCAUUAUAGAGAUAACAUGCCUGUAAGUGAAAGGUGAUGUAUUGCUGGGGUGUAUUUGGGCGGAGAAGGGGGUGGGGUGUGGGAGGUUCAGAGCAGAGGGAAACCGAACUAAAGUGAUAAUGAUGAAGAACAUGUCUACAGCCUGUCUGUGAUUCACUUUUUAAAACACACACACACACGUCUCUUAGGCCCCCAUCCUAAGCCCACAGAAGUGUAGUAUCCAUCAUUCAAACACAUCCCCCUAGUCUGAUGGAAAUGUGUGCGGUAUUAAGUAUUAGAACAGGGCCCAAGAUUCCUAUGUUGAACUGAGGAGGUGGGACCAAAUCCUGGGACAUCGCAACCCAGUAACCUACAUCAGAAACGACCUUAAAGAAGGCCGUGAAGAAAGGGUGCGCUUGUAGAGUAUCGCUACCCAACCCCGGGCCCCACAACAAGCUUUUGAUGUGUCCGUGGGCCAUAGUUGUUAUAAUCCAGCCUUACAUUGCAACGUCGACAUUUUAACCAUGAACAAACGGGACACAUUUAGCUGGAUGCAGCGGGGUCAUGCCUUAUACUGCGGACCUCCACUGACCGUGUGUGUGUGUGUGUGUGUGGGGGGGGGACCAAGAGACAGGGCACCGUUCCAUGGUGGGUACGUGUCCUGACGGGUCAGCAUCAAAGCCUUCAGUUGGUGACCUGUGGGUCCACGUGGAAGAGACUGGAGAAGGUGAUUCAUUGAGUGUGUUCAGCUCACCGAGGUGUGUCGGGUCCGUGCGGAUGGCUUUCACCGACGCCGACGUUGUACAGCAACAACAUGUGCUUAGAUGAAGCGCUGCUUCAUGAAUAAACUUCAGCAAUAUAUCAA